AUGCCACCCAAGCGCAAAAACACAGACAACGCCGCCGCUAUGGACCGUCCAGAAAAGAAGACCAAGGCUCCCAAGAAAGGAGCAAAGGCAGCCCCCGAAGUAUACACUGCUCAGCAGAAAGCUGCAAUCCAGCAGUUCAUCAGCUUCACUCAACUUGACAAGUCCACCGCGGUCAGGGCACUCAAAAGCCAUGGCUGGGAUGCACAGAACGCCGUGAACGCCACAAUCAACACCGUCGACGACGAACGCCUCUCUUCUGGCAACACCGCUACUUCCUCCGAUUCCACCGCGUCCAGUAUCGAGACCUACACAGUCAAGGGAGCUUUCCAACCGCGUUCCGUACCACACCUGGUGGAGGGUCUGGACUGUUUACAAACGGAGCAACAUCGAGUUCAAGCGGAACAUCUAAGCCGCGUGCUACACAGCAGUCUCAGUCUUACCAACGUUACCAACGCACCCGAAAGUCAAUUCGCACUAGCCCGUCAUGUUCGAUACAGCAGUCUGGGAACAGACUCGGUCAUUCUACAACAUCCGCGCAGUAUCACGGCCCCCCUUCCAACUACAUCCUUGCCGCAGACUACACUUGAGGACUUACUGGAGCUCUUGCACACCACUACUGUGCCUCCACUCCGCACUUCCGUCUCUGAUCAUCACCUAGGAUCAGAACCGACUGUGUCGUUGCGCGGUGGUUCUGGCAUCGACGUUGACUCUGAGAGCCACAGCAACGACUACAGCGAGCGUGACAUCUCAGGAAGACGCAGUCCCCAAGUUUCAGACACUGCGGGACGAGCUGCGUUCAGGGCUUUCGAGAUCCAUCUUUUCAAAUGCGUGGGUCCCAUGGACCAUGCUUCAUAUGUGCAGUCCUGCCAACAAGAGACUCGUCGGUACAAGUCCCUGGGGAUACCCCAAAUGUGGCCGAGAAUCGAACAGGCCUAUUUGCCCAUAACCGUGGGCGUACACUACAACAUGUUUCUCCAACGACUAUCACCUCCAACUCGGAUUCUAUUCGCCAAGCUCUUCGGCCUUCUCCCCUUGGGCCAUCACACAAAGGUCUCGGAUAACUUUUCCAACCAAUUGAAACUUGGGCGUCUGGCAUUCUUCCAUCGUUUGGGACCUGAUGGCAGGGCCGAAUUCUGCAACAUCAUUAUCGAAAGAAUGAAUUUGGUGACAGGCGCUGAGGAACUGCCCGUGCUGAGCGAUGCCACGUCGUCGCCCAUCGACACAGUGCAUCUGUUCGUUACUGCGAAACUUUACUACAGCACCAGCAACAGCGGCGGUUCCCAAGGCUCAUCUGCGAUGAAGACCAAUCUCAACAAGCUGUUCGAUCGGUACCAAGAGGCUGGAGCACCAGACAAAGACAUCGUCGGAGUAGAGGGCACGAUGCGGUAUUUCGACGAUACUGGCGUCGAUGCCGAGGGUCUAGAUGCGUUGGCGGCUCUUGAAAUCGUCCAGGCUCCUACCAUGGGCGAGAUGAGCCGCGAUGGCUUCGUCAAGGGUUGGAUGGAGCGCCACUGCGAUACCAUCGACAGGCAGAAGUCGUAUCUCAAGAUUCUCAAGAGCGAGCUCUCGGGCAACAAAGACGUCUUCACCCGGGUGUACAAGUACACAUUCACCAUCGCCAAGACUGCGGACCAGAGGGCUGUUCCACUCGAGAUGGCCACCGUGUACUGGGAGUUGCUCUUCAGUUCGCCCUUGUCUGCUGUUCAGUGGUCAAGUCCCAACACUCCAUGGCUUACUUGGUGGACUGAGUUCCUCAAUACCUCGUGGAAGAAGAGCGUCAACAAGGACAUGUGGAACGAGACACUCAAGUUCGCGCAACUCUCGCUGGAAGAUGAGACUAUGGGCUUCUGGAACGAGGAGUCUUCAUGGCCAUCUGUCAUCGACGACUUUGUCGAGUUCGUCAAGAAGGAGAAGCGGGGUGACACCGGGGAGCAGCCGAUGGACGAAGACUACUAUUGA